AGGUUCCUCUACUCAGAUGAGGUGCAGAUCGGGCCCGAGACGGUCAUGACCACGCUGUACACCGCCAAGAAGUACGCGGUGCCGGCGCUGGAGGCCCACUGCGUGGAGUUCCUGAAGAAGAACCUGCGGGCGGACAACGCCUUCAUGCUGCUCACGCAGGCACGACUCUUCGAUGAACCGCAGCUGGCCAGCCUGUGCCUGGAGAACAUCGAUAAAAACACAGCCGAUGCCAUCACUGCUGAGGGCUUCACUGACAUCGACCUGGACACGCUGGUGGCUGUCCUGGAGCGGGACACGCUGGGCAUCCGGGAGGUGCGGCUGUUCAAUGCGGUUGUCCGCUGGUCUGAGGCUGAGUGUCAGCGGCAGCAGCUGCAGGUGACGCCUGAGAACAAGCGAGAGGUUCUGGGCAAGGCCCUGGGCCUCAUCCGCUUCCCGCUGAUGACCAUCGAGGAGUUUGCCGCAGGCCCCGCACAGUCGGGCAUCCUGGUGGACCGCGAGGUGGUCAGCCUCUUCCUGCACUUCACGGUCAACCCCAAGCCGCGCGUGGAGUUCAUCGACCGGCCGCGCUGCUGCCUGCGCGGGAAGGAGUGCUGCGUCAACCGCUUCCAGCAGGUGGAGAGCCGCUGGGGCUACAGCGGCACGAGCGACCGCAUCAGCGCCCUGGGGACCCGACCCGGAGGGUCCGGACCUCACGGUGUCCCCACCCCCACCCCGCAGGGCCCAGACUCCCACUACGGCACCAAAGGCCUGCGCAAGGUGACGCACGAGUCGCCCACGACGGGGGCCAAGACCUGUUUCACCUUCUGCUACGCGGCCGGGAACAACAAUGGCACGUCGGUGGAGGACGGCCAGAUCCCCGAGGUCAUCUUCUACACCUAGGCUGUGCCCGCCACCUCCCCGGGUCCCUGGGGACGGGCACGAGCGUGGAGACAAUCCCUCAGGACGCGGGGGCGGCGCUGUCCUGCCCUGUCCCGGCCAGCCCGGGCAAGGGUCUGCCGGGUCCCUGCAACUCAGGGCCCUCUGACCAAGUCGCCUGACCACGAGGAGGUUCGUGUCGGGUGUCGUCUUGUGUUUCUGUUUAACUGCACGUCGCAAUGCAUCUGGGAUUCCCAUCUCUGCGGGAGACGGUGUGCGGGGAGCGCCUAGAAGCCAUGGGUUUGGGUCUUGUGUUCCUUCUUGUCCGUUCAUCGGGGUCACUGGGGCCCGGUCAGCCCCGCGCCCCCACCUCCGGGACACUGGCCCGAGUCCCAGGAGCAGGAUGCAAGGGGCGCCGGAGCUCCUGCGCCGCCCCCCAGGCCCACCCCUGGCCCAGGCGGGAGCGAGGUGCUGUUUGCACCCGCGUCCACCGGUGGGACCUGCCGAGGUCGUCGCUGUCCAGCCCCUGGGGACAGCCCCCUCCUGCCCCGCAGACAGGGCGGGGCCUCAGACCCCGUGUGCCUGGAGGGACAAUGCCGUGGGUCCCCAGCUGGCCCGAGGUGGGUUCCAGAGGGCCCCACCUGCCUGUACAUACUGCAGUCCUGGCCCUCACCGGCCCGUGUGUAUCUGCCCAGUGACUCCUUCUGGAACCUGCAUCCUCCCCAAAGCCAUGGAAGGUGUGCCCUCCUCACACCGCAUCCCCAAAUAGUUUUUUUUAAAUAAAGGAAAGAAAUGCAUCACCCUGA